CGAAGACGGCACUCACUCACUCUCUCUCUCUCUCUCUCCUCUUUCUCUCUCUUUCAACUUCUGUCACACACCCUGAGGCAAAUCAGACACUAAAACACACACACACACUUUUCAAUCUCUCUCUCUCUCUCUUCUCUGAAAUCAAAAUCCCUAACCCCAAAAUGCCUCCUACGCCUCAUCCGCCGUCGCAUCACCACCCUCACUCUCACUCGCACUCUCCCCACCGUCCGAUCGACCCCAAAAUCUGGCGAGCCUGUGCCGGAAACUCCGUACAAAUUCCCAUCCUCCAUUCUAGGGUUUACUACUUCCCUCAAGGCCACCUCGAGCAAUCCUCCUCCUCCGCCCCUCUCCUCCUCUCCCCUCUCGUCCUCUCCAAGCCUCUCAUUCUCUGCCGCAUCUCCGCCGUCCAUUUCCUCGCCGAUCCCACAACCGACGAGGUCUUCGCCAAGCUCCUUCUCCUCCCCAUCCCCAACCACGAACCCACCAAUCGCCACGAGCCGCCGAACGACGACGUAUUUGACGACGCCAACGAGACCGAUAAGGUCGUUUCGUUCGCGAAGAUCCUCACUCCUUCGGACGCCAACAAUGGCGGUGGCUUCUCCGUCCCGAGGUUCUGCGCCGACUCCAUCUUCCCCGCGCUUAACUACCAGGCCGAGCCGCCAGUCCAGACGCCCUCCACGCUCUCCGUCACCGACCUCCACGGGGUCGUUUGGGAUUUUCGCCAUAUUUACAGGGGAACUCCGAGGCGGCACUUGCUCACCACCGGCUGGAGCAAGUUCGUCAACCACAAGAUGCUCGUCGCCGGGGACUCCGUCGUUUUCAUGAGGAACUCGAGAGGCGAGAUGUUCGUGGGAGUUCGCCGCGCAGUCAGGUCCACCGUGAGCUCUGACUGCGCUUCCAGGUGGAGCUCUCACAUUGGUGGCGGAGCGACGACCACAAUGAGGGUGAAGACAGAGGAUCAGGAAGGUUCUGGAAGGAAGGUGAUGUCGGCAGAGGCCGUGGUAGGGGCGGCGGAGAUGGCGGCGGCGGGAAGGCCUUUCGAGGUGGUGUACUAUCCGAAAGCGGGGUGGUCAGACUUUGUGGUGAAGGCCGAGGUGGUGGAGAAGGCUUUAAAUGUAUUUUGGUCGGCCGGGAUGAGAGUGAAGAUGUCCGUGGAGACCGAGGAUUCGUCCAGGAUGACUUGGUUUCAGGGCACCUUGUCGUCGGUAUCGAUCCCAGACAAUAGGCCUUGGCAGCGCUCCCCAUGGCGUAUGCUUCAGGUUACUUGGGAUGAACCUGAAGUUCUGCAGAAUGCUAAGAGGGUGAGCCCAUGGCAAGUUGACUAUGUUGCAUCAACACCUUCAAUUCAUACUGCAUUUCCCCCCGCAAAGAGAUUCAGAGCUCCUAUGAGUCCUGGGCUGCUGACCAAUGCAGAGGAAGAAUUCUUCUUUCCUGUGCCAGGAGCACCUAAUUCAACAAUGGGGCAAUUGAAUGCAUCCUUGUUGAACUAUAACACUUUUCCUGCUGGCAUGCAGGGAGCCAGGCAAGAUCUAUACUGUGUAUCUAAUCUAUCCCACUUGUUAAGUGAGAAUACUCCUCAGAUGUGCACUUACAAUUCCUUUGGCAACAAUGUGGUGCCAAAGUUGAAGAGGGUGUCUACUGAGUUGAACAUUGGCAGUUCACAGUCUGAUGAAUUAUCACCAGAUAGCCAGAGUAGUGUGCAUUCCUUUGGCACGGAACUGGAUGGAAACCGGUACUGCAACUCAACAAAGGUUGGCAGAAGUUCGUUUCAACUGUUUGGUAAGAUUAUUCAUAUGAACCAGCCUGUUGAAGGUGGUUUUGAUGAUGUUGGCUGCACUGAGGACAAUGGCAAUAAAGGGUACAAUGCAACUGAAGGUGUGAACAACCAACUGGAUCUUUCUUAUUCCAAACUGCUUGAAAGGCUUGAUGUUCAAUAUCAAAGAGCCUCAGCUGUUGAAGCUUGUUCUUUGUGAACCACUGGUGGCUGCUACAACAAAAGUUUCUGUACAGGCGCUCGAGGCCGGCAGGAAGCUGACUAAUCUGACUGUUGCAGUAGCUAUAUAUUUGUAUUCUGGUUAUUUUAGUUUGUGGUGUUAGACGUUGAAACAAUCUUGUAGACUUGGUUUUCCAUGUUCAAAAUCAAGCUAUUAAUGCUAAAUGUUUAUGAUUCAGAUUUCGUGCUCAUUGUUUCUUCUAAACAAGGAUUUAUCUGAUUAUAUGUAAUUGUGGUGGUUCGUCAUUCAA